GGUAAGAGGGACAGGGAACUGGGGCUCUAGGGCUGGGAAGCAGCUGAGUGAGUCUUUCCAACCGCUAUCUCCCUGUUAGAAGGAACCCCGCUCCUUCUUGAACAACCGCCCCCACCCCACAGUCCCUUAGCCUUUAAACUCCCGGGCCGCGACUAAGAACUGGCCAACUCAUCCUUGGCAGGGCCCUCCACCCUCUAAGCUCUGGGAGACCACGGGGUCCUGAGGCGAUGAGAGUGAGGGUGAUCAACGAGUUACAAGGUCCUAAGGAAGGGCAACGGAGUUGAUGACUUCAGAGCGAAUCAGUCGCUUCGGGGCCGCUGGGUGUGAAACAGCUGGUGUGAUAACACCUCUGACUGGAGCUACUGGGGUGAGAACGAGAGCAGCGAGCUGGUGCUGGGUGAAGGCAAUGGUAACCAUGCAAGUCACAGCCGACCACCUUGGAUCAGAGAGCCUAGCCCCGCGCACUUCACCUCCCGAGCAUCAUCUCCUUCCCCUGAACCACAGGACUAGCGCCAGGAGACCUGCGGGGUUUUGGAGGACCUCCUCCGGGUUACCCUGGACUACACCAGCGAGCUGUCCAUCCUACUGAACCUGUAGGGGCCAGUGGUUCUCUCCUCCCUCCUCUUGCCGUGGACCGCCAGGGGCCGCUGCCUGCCGGCCGUGCCCGCUAGCCCCUCCGAGCGCCCCGCGCUGUCCAGAGGCGGCGGCGGUGCUGGCGCAGGGCUGAAGGAGCGGGGGCUGCACCCGGCGCCGAGGCUGCGGCGGCGGCAGCGCGCUCCCCCGCCUGCAGGCAGGAGGCUCGGAGAGCACCCGACUGAGCUCCGCUGGGCUGUCGGGGUCGGGCCCAGAGUUCCCCGGUGCCCAGAACCCGACCCGCCGUAUCGGUGAUGCCGGUUUGGCCAAAGCCUCGCUGUCCUGGGGGCGCAGCAACUUGGUGACGGAGAGAGACAGCGCCCUGGACUAGACGGUAUUCAAGCUGGCCGCGCCCGCCACGCGUCUUGGUCCCAGAUUUAGAAGCAUCGAGGACCUCAGGCCAGCAGGUUGAACAGUGGGACCUCUGUAGGGCAGGAGGAGUGAGUCUGAGACCAGCAGAUGAGCAGACUGAGGCUGAAAGACCCCAACAAGAAGCUCUCCCUUCCUGCUCCCCUGUUCUCCUGUAGCGCCCGUCACUUCCUACAGUGACGUUGUGCCAGUCUGCAAGCUGCCUGGGGAUAAGGAUGAGUGAAAGGGCCGUGCAGAGCUGGAGCCCAGGCGGCUGGCUGCUGGCACUGUGCCUGACGUGGCUGUGGACCCUCCUGGCCUCUGCUUCCUUGCAGCCUCCAACUCCCACAGUCCUUGUAAAGCAGGGCACCUGUGAGGUGAUUGCUGCUCACCGCUGCUGCAACAGGAACCGCAUCGAGGAGCGCUCCCAGACCGUAAAAUGCUCCUGCCUUUCUGGCCAGGUGGCUGGCACUACGCGGGCAAAGCCCUCCUGUGUGGAUGCCUCCAUUGUCCUGCAGAGGUGGUGGUGUCAGAUGGAGCCCUGCCUGCCAGGGGAGGAGUGUAAGGUGCUCCCGGACCUGUCAGGAUGGAGCUGCAGCAGUGGACACAAGGUCAAAACCACCAAGGUCACACGAUAGCUCUUGGAGGUCACAGCUUGGACAGGAGAGGAUUGAUUGAGCCCUGGACUGAAGAAUGGCAUCCAGACAUCACCCAGAAACUUUAGAGAUUCACUCACCUGGACGCGUGCUCCAUGUCAAAUUCAGCAUUAAUUCUCUUGAUUUUAGUCAAGUUGCUAAACAGAUAUGAAUGGAUUUCCAACCACAUGCCUAAAGGGCUGUCCUCUGCUAGAGACAAAGAAGGUCAAGACACAGUUCCUGGCCUUAAGGAAUAUCAAAUUGAGUUGGGGAAUCGAAGACUGAUAAUUUAGAUCAUUUAUAGUAUGUGGUACCAUGAUUUCUGAACUACCUGCUGUGGGCAUGGUAGGAGUUUGGGGAUGAAAUAUUUGUGACUCUCCAGCCACUUCCGGGCUCUCUCCCAUAUGCCAGCCCAGUGGUAUCUCAUUUGGAUGGGAUUGGAUUGACUUGGGGAACGAAAGCAAUGAUGAAGCCUGACAACUUUCCAGCAAAUCAUCUGUAGAGGCAUGUCAUGUUUGAACUGUCCAUUGGGUUUGGAAUGCACAGGUCCUUAGAAACAGCCUCAUCUAAGUACCUCAGGUUUCUGUUCAUUUGCUUAUUGUAACAGAUAAGAAAUCUAGGUAUGGUGGUGCACACCUGUAAUCCUAACCACUCAGGGGGCUGAGGCAGGAGGAUUGCAAGUUCAAGGACAACCUGGGCCAUUUAGCAAGACCCUAUCUCAAAAUAAAAAGCUGUGAGUGUAGCUUAGUGGUAGAGCACUUGCCCAGCAUGUGCGAGACUCUGGGUUCAAUCCCUCACAUCACACACACACACAAAGAGGAAAAAGUCCCAGAGUGAUGAGAUGAUUAUCCCAAGAGCUCACAGCCUGGUCUCUCAAAUCUCUAAGGACUGCAAAUUUUCAUUAGCGUGGACAUUGGGAUUCCAACCUGGGCCUUCCUUGUUAAUUUGAUCUCAAGUACCCUACCCUGCAAAGAAUUGGCUGGGCAGUAGCAACAUUUUUCUUGGAACAUGCUAGACAUUUCAACCAAGUUCAUUGUUCUAUCUGCAAUAACCCAGAAUCCUCACACACUUUGGAUGUGGAGACACUUUGUCCACUUUGAGGCCCUAAGCCUCUCAAAUUCCAAACAGGCCCCAAGACAGCCCAGAGGUCACUCAGCCCACUUACAGUGGGGACACCCAGUUGGCAUACCCAUUGCCUGCUGUGACCUGUCUCUUUUGUGGUCUUUAGCCUGUGACACUCUCAGAGGUUCCAGUUCUAGGAGAAAGUCUGGGAGGAGUGUAGGGCUAGCCAGAGUCCUGUCCAUUAAAGGCACCUGCUGAGGAGGAAGGCUGGAGCCUUUGUCCAGGAUUGAAGUCACACCUCUGGCACCAUAGAGAACUUGGCGAUCACCCAAGUGUCAUCAGAAACCAAUUGGGAUGAUACCGCGUUCUGAUCCUUAAGAAGGCAAAUAAGAUGAUUAGGACUGAGUCUCAGUUCCUCCCUCUCUGCCUACCUCUUUCUACAGUAGAACCAAGACUGGUCUGUCCCUCACCCCACCUCAGUGAAUUUUUUCCUUUUUUUGUGUGUCUUUGUUUUUGUUUUUUGUUAAUAGGAUGAACAAUGGUGCCAGCUUCUCACUGCACUGUAAAUAUCAGUGCUCUGGCCAUUAAAAUCUGCAUACAGCUUGGUGGGGUUAUCAGGAAGCUAACCAAAGCCAUUGUUGCCUCCUUCAAGGCUGGGAAUGGAGCGGGAGGAGGGAUUAAGAGGUUGAAACCUACUAUUCCUGGAAAGGGCCAGACAGUAAGUAUUUUAGGCUUUGCAGACCACAUAAAUCUCUGUUGGACAUCCUUUGUUUUUGUAGUUUGUGACAUUUGGUUUAAAAAAAAACUUUCAAAAUUGCAAAAAACCGUUAACUCAAGUACAAAACCAACUCUUGGCCUUUUUCCAAAGGUUACUAACCCCAGUUGAACCUCUGAAGUCAGGCCACAUCUGCAGCUUGGGAUGGCUCCCCGGCCUCUGGCCAAUCCUGGGUUUGAUGGAAACCUGAACUUGAGGGCAGGGGCAGGUUUUGCUUCUCUGUAAAUGCUGCUUUAGAGAUGGGUAAGUUAAUUAUUUAGACUACAAGUGAGGCAACUUUAGCAGAGUCAGACAAUAAAAGCCUGCUUUUCUGGAGGUCAGGAUGUGGGCUCCUCCAUUCCUUCCCCACCCUCAAGAUUGUGUUCAGGAGGGAGGGACAGGGCUCCAGGCCCCUGCUCAUCUUAAUCCACUACCGCCCCAUGCACUGGCCAACCUCAUUCUCCUACCUUCCCUGGCCUCCCUCACCCCUGCUUCAGAGGAGACCUCUUUCUUUUGACACAGGCUAGAAUCUGCCAGUUUAUUUUAUUAACUCCUCAAGGCCUCCUUUCCUCCAAACCUAUUCAUAUAUUUAUUUGGAGGGCUUUGAAGGGUAUCCUUCGCAUGGCCAGAAUAGCCCCACAUAAGAGAAUCUGAUGGAGAAAGGAAGGUGUCCCUCUUCCCAAUAGUAACUUCCUGGGAUCUUGUUUCCAGCUAAGUCAAUAUUUGUGUGCAUUUUGUAGCUGUACAGUGACAGCCUAGAAAUGUAAAUCAGUUUCCCUGGCGUUAUUGUCUUCCUCUUCUCUCUUUAGUGUGCUGGCCUCUCAUAUCCUCUGCGUUCACAGGCAUCAGCUGUGACAGCUUUAGGAAGGUUGCUAGUUACAGAUCACGUAGCGGAUUUCUGUUGCCUCCUGGCAGUUUCCUUAAGGUCUGUGAGUGACAUCUUAAUUAAUGGCCCUAGACAAUUGCACAGAGUUGAUGCUGUAGCUUCCUAAAACCACAAGCUCACAGCUAGAAGGGAUUUCAGAGGUCAGUUAGUUAGCUCCCUCAUUUGAUAAAUAAGGAAAGGGUGACUUGGGGAGCUUAGGUAAUUUUCUGAAGUUACAUAGCAGACUGGUGGCAUGUUCUGCCCAGUGACCCACCCAGACAAGUGUUCUCGCCAUUACUGCGCAUCACAUCUUACCCCAAAACUGAUGAGGGGCCUGGAAAGUAGCCAGGAUUUUAGCAAGAAUGAAUGUGAAGCCUGGUGCCUGUGGUGCACACCUGUAAUCCCAGCAGCUCAGGAGGUUGAGAUAGGAGAAUAGCAAGUUCAAAGCCAGCCUCAGCAAUUUAGUGAGGCCCUAAGUAACUUAGACCCUGUUUCUGAAUAAAAUAUAAAAUAGGCGAGGGAUGUGGCUCAGUGGUUAAGCGCCCCUGGGUUCAAACUCCUGUGAAGAAGAAAGGAGAAGGAAAAGAAGAAUAAUUAAUGUGAAAGAUUCUCAACCCUGUGAGUACAAGAGGACAGAAGAAGAAUGGAAACAUUUAGAGAUAUUCACACAGAAAGAAGGAAGAAGGAGCCGAGUACAGUGGUGCACACAUGUAAUCCUAGAGAAAGGGGAGGCUGAGGCAGGAGGAUCUUAAGUUUAAGGCCGACCUGCACAACUUAACAAGACCCAGUCUCAAAAUAAACAAUGAAAAGGGGUGUGGAUGUAACAGUGUUAAAGUGUCCCUGUGUUCAAUCCCAGAACUGCAUCACUCCACCAGAACUUCAAAGCAUCAGUGCACAGAACAAGAUAAAACAAAACUAAUGCCGCCUCAGAGAUAAUUGAUUUUUGCCUUUUCUGGAAGAAAUAGAAUGGAGUCCCUGUCAACCCCUGACAAACCUGUGAAGCCAGCCCUGAUGGCUUCUAGGUUCUUACACUCUGCUACAGGUGUCUGUAAAUGAAACUCUAUGGGCCACCUUUUCUUGUUAAUA